GAUCCUGCACCAGCCCGGAGACAGGGACACGUCCAGGCCGAGGUUGGACACGAAUAUGGGCACGGUGCGGAAAAGAGAGCUGUGUUUUCAGGAAUCUGACCCGCACCUGGAGCACUGAGUGGGACGAUGACUCAUCGUCCAACUGCCAAUGAUGACUCCAAAUAUUUCACGCACGCACCCACGCUCUCCAGCACGCAGCGGCGAGCGCUCCUUCACGUGCACGCUCUCAAACAGGCAUCAAAGCCAUUUACGUCAAGCCAGACAGGAAGGAGAAAGCGGCUCCUCUGUCCUGCAGAAACACAUGAGAGGGAAAAGAAGAAGAAGAAGAAAAGCUGAUCUCCAUGGCAGACCUCGGCUCGGAUGGUUGUGCCAUCGCCCAUCCGGCGGUCCACUGUGAGCGAAAAUAAUUCAACCAGAGGACGAGAGAUGACGAGCCACCGCCGAGCAUCGCUGCUCGCCUUGUCGGCGCUCCUGGUCUUCACAUUAAUAUACCAAACAUCCUCAUCCUCUUCCUCUGCAGCAGCAGCAGCAGCAUCCGAGGGGAGAGUCAGGAAUAACAGCCGGAGUCAUGACAGCAGGCCAUCAUUUCAGAUUAAAGACAGCAGCAGUAAUUUCUCUGUCAGCGCGCCGAGACCGAAACCUGAUGAGGAGGCGUCACCGAUCUGUGCCUACAGGGUGAUAGAGGGGGGCAUCUGGGGGCAGCUUUGUUUUCGACGCACGCUGUUCGGGUACAGGUGCAACAAGGAGGACUGCAGGACGCAGGUGACUUUGGGGAACCUGGUGGCGAACCUGCUCACCAAUGGCAGCGUGCUGUUACAGUGGAGCCACAAUGGAGACAAUGAGACGAGGCAGAGCCCUCCCGAGCAGCCUGCUGGUUCUGGGUCACAUUUAACUUCUCCGCCGCGGUCGGUGUUCGGUGAGCGCCGCCACCAGCGCGGCGGAUUCGAGCUGAGCUGCUGGUGGAACGGCAGCUACACCCAGUUUGAGUGCGCCGGCGUGCAGCUGGCGGCGGGCUGCAGGGACUUCAUGAUGUCCGAGCUGCAUGAGAACAUCCCGUACCGAAUCUGCCUGCGGGCCUCGGCCCGGUCCGGCCCGCAUCGGAGAGCGGAGCAGCGGGACUGCGUGGAGUUCACGCUGCCGCCGUCAGGGAUGCAGGACAUUGUGAUCGCCAUGACGGCGGUAGGGGGCGCUAUCUGUGUGAUGCUGGUGAUCAUCUGUCUGCUGGUGGCCUACAUUACAGAAAACAUCAUGAGUCCCACUACACAGCACACAUACUCCUACCGCACUCACUCACGCCACUGACGGACUAAACAAGCUAAAUAUCUCCAUAAACACGUCCCACAGUCAUCGUUGCAAGGCAGUUAUUGUUCAACGAACAGCACAGGUGCUUCUUAAUAAAUUAGAAAGGCAAUUUAGUUUGGACAAAAGAGAAACUGAUGUUGGUGAUAAUGGCAUACAGCUAAUAAAACCCAAAUUAUGUCCUGGAAAAUGGGGAUAAGCCGCAAAAAGUGAUUGCUAAAAAAGCAUGCUGUUCACAGAAUGCUAUCCAAGAAUAUUAAUAGAAAGUUUCAUCAGGGAAGAUACACAAACAACAACAGCAACAACUUCAGCCUUGAAAAGACGGUGAAGCUCACCAGUUUAAGAGUUUGGGUCAGACUCAUAAGAGGCACCACACACAGACAAAUCCAGGAUUGAAACAGAGACAUCAGACUAGACUGUUUCUUAGUUUUUUCUUCGUUUCUAAAAUAAUACCUGGAGGAAGAGCAGGGAAACUCCAAAUUAAAGCGCUUUUGAAUCCAGUGUGAAGUUUCCACAGCACAGCCAUGCCAGGAAAUGUCAGAAUACUUUAUGCUUCCUUAUGCUAACAAGGUUCAUGCUAAUGUCGAUUUCACUUUCAGGAAAUCGACAUUACUUUUCACCUUUUCACCUCCCCACUCUGCCAAAAACUGAUUAAAUUAUCAUGGUCUUAUUGGGCUUGAUUGGUCAGCAAAUGCAUCUGACUUGAACCUCACUGAGAAUCUAUGCAUGGAGUAAUGUCCAAAGGACGAUGGAAGACAAUAAUUUAAAAAUCCCCUUAUUUUGGCUUUCUGUAAAAUCAAAGUUUUCUCAUUGAAAUUUGAGUUUUUAUUUGCUGUAAGUCAACAUCGUCAAAGUAAACAAAACUAACCACUUAUGACACAACAAUCUAUGAGUAAUAAAUCUGUAAAUUACUUUGAUUUACUAAAAUAUCUAAAUAUCAAUAAGAAUCUAAUGUAUUAAGAUGCACCUCAUCAUUUUACGACCAAAUUGAAGCACAAUUUCCUGUGGCUCUGCGAAUAACACGCCUUUUAAACCUCUGCCAGGGCGCACUGAACCAAAAUUACUGAUAAACUGUUUAGUACACUAGUUUACUGUGUCGUUUUGUUGCGCCAGAUUGUCUCUGGUGGGCCAUCAGGCCUCGUUUCUACAGCAAUACAAACAGCCUCAAUAAAUGGCUUAGGGUACAAAAAUCUGAGAGUGUGUCUAUGUUGAGAAAGAAAUAAAUAUAACCUGUCUAAGUUUGAUUUAUUCAGUCAUCUCUGGUUUUUGCUUGUAGGUUUGCAUACAGUGUUUGUGCAAUCUGUGAAGGGCAAAAGAAAACAGCGUGCAAUCUCCAAAUACUGUGCCAAACGUCUUUUAGCUAGAAUCCCUUUUUUGUCCAGCUGACUGCAAAUAAAAAACUAUGGGGUACCUUUUAAUAUC